AUGAGCGAUCUGGCUGUGACGGAAAAGGAGAUCAAGACAGCCGUGCAAAGGGGCUUCAAAGGCUUUGCACUCACUGUGGAUGCGAUCCGUGCUGGAAAGCGAGAGAGGGAUAUGCGGACAAGCAUAGAGGAAGAGGAGCAAGAUUUGGACGAUUCAGACGAAGAAGAGGAGGAUGAAAGCUUCACCCGCGGCCCAACAGUGAAGAGGGCUGCGGUUUACGAGAAGUUCGACUGGGUAUCAUCGAUCAAAUGGCUGCGAAGUCUCACAAAUCUUCCCAUUGCUAUCAAAGGCAUACAGUGUUGGGAAGAUGCCGCCUUAUGCAUGAGAUACGGAGCACAUCCAUGGCUCUCUAAUCACGGCGCACGACAGCUUGAUGGUGCCCCCUCGGCAGUGGACACGCUGAUUGAAAUUCGACAAAACUGCCCCGAGGUUUUGAGCAAGUGCGAGGUCAUCGUUGAUGGAGGCGUAACGCGAGGCACCGAUAUCGUGAAAGCGCUUGCACUCGGUGCAAAAGGGGUAGGGCUUGGGCGAGCAUUCCUGUUUUCUCUGGUCUUUGGCGAGGCAGGGGUGAGCAAAGCGAUUCGGAUUCUGAAGCACGAAAUCGAGACAACGAUGGCUUUGCUUGGGGUUACCUCCAUUGACCAGCUAAAUGCGUCCUAUGUUGACUAUUCCCGGAUACUUAAUGCCUCUGUAGAAACUCGGGCGCGUCUGUAA